CGCUAAUACGGGAAAAGGGUAAAAGCAAGAAAAAUCUCCCAAAACCAAACAGAUUCAAACCUUUCAAUGGCUUCUUCUACUUUGAUUACUCCCUCUUAUUUUGCUUCCACGACACUUCAUCCCUUCCCCUGCAGCCUUGGCUCUUCAAGGAUCUCAUUCCCUUGGAAAAACGCCUCCUAUAUCCUUCCUAAACCUCUCAAGGCAUUCUCUUCUCCUGAAUCCAAAGUUGUUACUAAAGACACAUGGGAGAAAUCAAUAUUGAACAGCGAUUCCCCUGUUCUCGUCGAAUUUUAUGCAAGCUGGUGUGGCCCCUGUAGAAUGGUUCACCGGAUUAUCGAUGAGAUUGCAGGUGAGUAUGCCGGGAGGCUCAACUGCUUUAUUCUCAAUACGGACAAUGACUUUCGAAUUGCAGAGGAUUAUGAAAUUAAGGCUGUACCGGUCGUGUUGCUGUUCAAAAACGGAGAGAAGCGAGAGUCCAUUGUCGGUACCAUGCCGAAGGACUUCUAUAUAGCUUCCAUAGAGAGGUUUCUGAAGUCGUAAAACAAUGAUAAUAGUCCAUUGGCGAUUCCCCUGGAAAUGUUUAGUUUGAUCCUCUUUGGUUCUCGGUUGUUCUUCAUUUUUCAACUGAAAUUGGUACCUUAAAACUUUAAAUUGUUCUCUCUAUACAACAGGAACAAAAUAUUAUGAAAUGGGACAGUUUACCCUU